AUGGAAGGAUUUGAUGUUUCUUUGUUGAAGGAUAUUGGGCGCCCAGAGUUGUUUGAGUUUGAAGGCAUCUCUAUGACCCAUUACUUCACGGACAACUGGGAGAAUGUUCAGAACUUCAAGGCGAGACCAGAUGACAUCCUUAUUGCCACUUAUCCCAAAGCAGGCACGACAUGGGUGUCCUACAUGUUGGACCUGCUUUACUUCGGCGAUACGGCACCAGAGCGUCAGACCUCUCUGCCCAUCUACAUGCGAGUACCGUUCCUCGAGACAGCCUUCCCUGUGAUCCCUGCAGGAGUGGAGCUUGCAGAUAAAUUGGCCACCACACCGCGUCUUAUCAAAACCCAUCUUCCUGUUCAGUUGGUGCCCAAGUCCUUCUGGGAACAGAACUGCAGGGUUGUCUACGUAGCCCGCAAUGCCAAAGACAAUGUUGUAUCCUAUUUUCACUUUGACCGAAUGAACAUGGGACAACCAGAGCCAGGAGACUGGAGCACUUUUCUGCAGAACUACAUGGAUGGACAAAAAGUGUUCGGUGCUUGGUAUGAUCAUGUGUGUGGAUACUGGGAGAAGAAGAAGAUGUACUCCAACAUUCAUUACAUGUUCUUUGAGGAUAUGGUGGAGGACACUGGGCGUGAGUUGGAUCGCUUAUGCUCCUUCCUCGGUGUAUCUACUCCAUCAAAGGAGAGGCAGAAAAUCACCAACUCUAUUCACUUUGAUGCCAUGAAGCAGAACAACAUGACCAACUACUCCAGCCUUCCAGUCAUGGACUUCAAGAUCUCACCGUUCAUGCGCAAAGGGAAAGUUGGUGACUGGAAGAAUCAUUUCACUGUAGCUCAGAAUGAGCAGUUUGAUGAACACUACAAAGAGAGGAUGAAGAACACUACGCUACGAUUCCGGACAGAAGUUUAG